UGGAGGGAGGGGGGCCUAAACACCCUAGGUCAUAGGGGUCAUAGAUCAUAGGCUAUUGCGAAAGAAAGUAUUCGUCACGCAUACAACCCGCAACACACAGAGACUUCUUGGUCGUUCUCCUCGGAAGUCAACAAAACGCACACCGUUGCUAAUUGCUACACAACCCCCACAUAUAUUCCAAUAUCUCGCUCCUCACCCGUCCUCGACUGCCCCUCUUGCUGGCAAACAACAACAAAAAAACCGCAUACACCCCCAAAUCACAACAAUGCCCACCACGCUCUCCCCCAGCUCCCCCUCCUCCCCAUACAGCUACAUCUCCGACGCCCAAACGCUAAGCACCGCAAAACCAAAACCCAUAAGCAGGCUGCAAAAAGGUGUUGAUCGCGCCGUGUAUCGGUGGAAUGUCAUGUUGGGGUUAUAUGUGUUGGAUUCGGUUGAGAAGAUCGUUGCUAAUGUCCUGAUUGGAUUGAUUAUCGUCAUGCUCGGUUUCGGAUGCUGGAAGCUUGCGUUAAGCUUGUAUAAGAACGGCCGGCUUUUGCUCGCGUUGAUGAAGUAGGGAGUCUGAAGACGAUUUCACACGAAGUUUGGGAUUGUACGAUACACGAAAACGACGAAUGGGGAGGAAAUGAUAACGACUACAACACGCGAUAAAUUCGGAGGAAGGAAAGGAUAGAAGGGUAAUGGAGGAGGUUCUCAUCUUGAUUUUGGUCGAGCCGAGCAUUGUAUGCUGUACCACUCACGACAACGGCAACAUCUGCAACUGCCAACACAUGGCGAUCCUUUUACUGCGUGGGCUGUUUUGGAUUGAUUGGGUUUGUAACUUGUUAUUCAGCGUUUUGCAUUCAGCCUGGGAUUCUUUUCCUUUCUCUUAGUAUAGAAGUAUCCGGUGAAUGGUAU